CACGACGCCACGUCAGCUGAUCAGCGUCACAGGAGAACAAAACUCACGUGAGCCCCGUCACCACGUGACAUCCUGGACCCGGAAUCAACAUGGCUGCAGCUCCACAACCUGUCUACUGGCUGGGUAAUGACACCCUGAGGGUGUCUGCUGCCCUUUUUGCAGAGAACCGACAAAGACUCUGCAAAGGGCUAAAAGCUAAAGACGGAGUGGUGCCAAAGUCAGUGGUGGUGCUGCAGGGCGGAGAGCAGACACAGAGGUACUGCACUGACACAGACGUCCUUUUCAGACAGGAGUCCUUCUUCCACUGGGCCUUUGGAGUAACUGAGCCUGACUGUUACGGUGCCAUUGAUGUGGACUCUGGGAAAUCCAUCCUUUUCGUUCCAAAACUGCCUGAGAGCUAUGCCACCUGGAUGGGAGAGUGAGUCCCACCAAUCCUCACAGAGCUGUGUACAUCUACUGCAAUUGUUGAUGUCUUGUCUAAGCUGACACCAGCAGUGCUCCUAACACUGCGAGGACAGAAUACAGACAGUGGGAGCAUCUGCCGUGAAGCCUCCUUUGAAGGAAUUAGUGGGUUCCAAGUAAACAACACUCUCUUACACCCAGUCAUUGUGGAAUGCCGUCUCAUUAAGACUGAUAUGGAGCUGGAGGUCCUCCGCUACACCAACAGGAUUUCCAGUGAAGCCCACAAAAUGAUCAUGAAGCAUGUAAAGCCUGGACAUAAAGAAUAUGAAAUGGAGAGCCUGUUCCAGCACUACUGCUACACUAAAGGAGGGAUGCGUCACACCUCCUACACCUGUAUCUGUGGAACGGGCCAUAAUUCCUCUGUCCUACACUACGGCCAUGCUGGGGCUCCCAAUGACAAGUUAAUCAUGGAUGGAGACAUGUGUUUGUUUGACAUGGGUGGGGAGUACUACUGCUACUCAUCAGACAUCACCUGCUCCUUCCCAGCCAACGGCAAGUUCACUCCAGACCAGAGGGCAAUCUACGAGGCCGUCCUCAAGUCCUCCCAAACCGUCAUGGCUGCCAUCAAACCAGGUGUAAAGUGGACUGACAUGCACCGUCUGGCUGACCGGGUUCACCUGGAGGAGCUGGUGAAGAUUGGCAUCCUGAAUGGCAGUGUGGAGGACAUGAUGGCGGUCCACCUAGGUGCCGUCUUCAUGCCCCACGGACUGGGACACCUGCUGGGCAUUGAUGUGCACGACGUUGGAGGCUACCCUGAGGGGGUUGAGCGCAUCAAUGAGCCUGGACUGAGGAGUCUUCGAAUGGGCCGCCUGGUGCAGGAGAGGAUGGUCCUCACUGUGGAGCCCGGCAUAUACUUCAUCAACCACCUUCUGGACCAGGCCCUGGCCGACGCUACCCAAAGCUGCUUCAUCAACAACCAAGUGCUGGCUCGCUUCCGAGGCUUUGGAGGGGUUCGCAUUGAGGAUGACAUAGCAGUGACAGCAACUGGUAUGGAGCUGCUGACCUGCGUCCCUCGCACUGUGGAGGAGAUAGAGGCUUUCAUGGCAGACUCUGCAAAAAACUUCAGCCCUGUCGUCGGCAGUGAAUGACUUGACAUCUGAGCUGGUCAAUGAAACAAAGAAUGUUCUUCAUUAAAAAUGAAGUUAU